AUGGGGACGGCUAGGGAGGGAUGCUGGCCAAUCCUUCUCUGGUGGCUUUCAAGCCCAGGAGUGACGGCUGUUUUCGGAUUAAACGCCACACUGGAUCAUUCGUAUCAGCCGCCCUGCAAGCCAGGUCACUACUGUUCAGAGAGCAGUGAAACUGCAGUGCCGUGUCCAAGGGGAACGUUUGCACCAAGUUUCUGGGCCACUGACAUCAGUGGUUGUAUCAGCUGCCCUCCACAUCACUACGCUCCCAGGGAGGGUCUUGCUGCCUGCCUGCCCUGCGGACCCACCGCACAGCAAGCUCUACCCGGCCAAGACAAAUGUCAGUGUUUAGGAGAGGGCCAGGUCUUUCAGGCCAGUGACGGGCAGUGCCAGUGUUCUCCGGGGUACCGCUCCACACAGGGAGGAAAUGCCUGCGAGCUAAAGGUCUAUGAGAUCUGCAGAGACGGAAGAACACGGGAUCAGUACGGCCAGUGUCUGGACCACAAGCAGUGGAAACAACUCUGCACUUAUCAGGUUUGUGCAUCUCCAGAGUUGUACGAGGGUUUUGAUGCUUCUCUGGGUCUGUGUGUAUGCAAGAGUCACGCCGGGACAGAUUCAGGCAAAAGCGAGUGCUCAGGAUGGUGUGAAGGCAGGACGACGCCCAUGCUGCAGUUAGUGUGCAGUUCUGCUACCCUUCAGCUGCUGUACAAUGAGGCAAAUAGACAGGUGAGUACGUCAGGAAGUGUCCUGUUAUCUGUGCUCAAACACUGGGACUUCCAAGGGAAGCUGGAGUGUGACCGGCGUCUCGGCUUCUCCAGGCCUGUUUACGCAAUCCAGACGGCGGAAGGAGGCUUCCAUGGGUUCCUUCGCACUCUCCCAGCAGGGGUACGGAUGUUGGUGUUGGAAACCGGCCAAAAGGGCAGCGGCUUUGCCGACCCCUCGAGCACGCACAGCAUGGUAGAGGUGGUGUUUCAAGCGAGAACCUCUUCAACACCAAUGCAGCCUUCGACUGGGGAGUCUUUAGAGUCUUAG